CACCUGCUCCUCUGCCGUCUGUGUUUACCUCCCAAUUCCAGCGCUGCUGUAACGGUAGCAUACUGGACGAAACGCACCACCUUCAGCCUGGUGCUCCAGAAAUACUGAUGUAAGCUGCUUGGUGUCUCAUCCUUCGGGGACUUUCUGCCACACCGUGUGUUAGUGCCACUGUCCGUGGCGAAGCUGUGAUGAAUAAAGAAAUCAUGUCACGUGUGGUGAGGAAGAGGCAGGCGGAUCCUAAGGUGGUCCAGUAUGUGUGGGAGGCCAUCGAAGUCAUUCGGAACCAGAAACAAAUCGCUAACAUGGACAGGAUCUCCAAGUACCUGAGCCGAGUGUUUGGCAUGCACCCAAAGGAGACCGCCCGGCAGCUGAGUCUGGCUGUGAAGGACGGGCUGGUGGUGGAGACCCUCACUGUCGGCUGCAAAGGCUCCAAGGCCGGCAUCGAGCAGGAGGGCUACUGGCUGCCUGGAGAUGAGAUGGAGCCGAAAGCCGAGGGAAGCAAGGACUGGGAGACGGAGAGCCACGACUGGUACUGCUUCGACUGUCACCUACCAGGCGACGUCCUACCCUGUGACAACUGCUUCCGGGUUUACCAUCUCAAAUGCCUGCCAGAGGAGUGCAAACCCAGAGACGGAGGCUCCCACUGGCAGUGUGUCGUGUGCCGGGGGAGUAAAAAGAAGAACCUGAACAAACAGGAGAUGUGUAAAUAUCUGCGCUUCAUCAUCCAGCGGAUGAAGGAGAGGGCGGUGGACCUGAACAAAAAGGGCAAAGACACUAAACAUCCCAUGUACAAACGGCUGAUCCACACUGCACUGGACGUCUCCAACAUCCACGAGAACCUGACAGAAGGAAAAUAUAAAAGCUUUGAGGAGUUCAAAGCUGAUGCUCAGAUGAUUGUUCAUAACACUGCCAUCCUGUAUGGAGUUCACAGCGACCAAGCAGAGAUCGCACGGCUGCUCUUCAGUGACACAUGCCAUGAGUUGAACGAGUUGUUGUUGUGUAAGAACUGUUUCUACCUGUCGAACGCCCGGCCGGAAAACUGGUUCUGUUAUCCCUGUACUCCGAGCCACGACCUGGUCUGGGCCAAGAUGAAGGGUUUCGGCUACUGGCCGGCCAAAGUCCUCCAGAGGGAGGACAACCAGGUGGAUGUGCGCUUCUUUGGACACCAGCACCAGAGGGCGUGGAUUCCCUCGGAGAACAUCCAGGACAUCAAGGUGAGCAUCCAGCAGCUGCAGGUGAAACGCAGCAACGGCUGGAAGAAGGCCUGCGAGGAGCUGGAGGUGUACCAGCGUUUUCUGAGGGAGGGACGCUUCUGGAAAACAAAGAUGGAGGACAGCCCUCAACCACACCAACAGAGCGAGAGCCAGCGGCAGCAGCAGGAGGAGGAAGAGGAGGAGGAAGAGGAGGGGGAGAAGGAGAAGGAGGCCAGCGGGAGGACGCAAAGACCGGAGCGGACAGAUGAAGCCGAGUCAAGCAUCUCCUCCACCAGCAACGAGCAGAUCCGCCAUAUGAAAGGCAGCCAGGAGCCCAAAGCGAAGAAAAGCCGCAGGAGUCUAUCUGUUGAACCCAAAGAGGAAGCCAGUGAACCGGAGCCAGAGAUGGAGGCGGUCAGCUCCAGCCAGGAGAUCCCGGUGUCGUCGGGGCCCCAGCAGCCCGAGAAGCUUUCUGUGUCCACGCAGACCAAGAAGGCCAGCGGAGGCUUGCCGCGCAUGCUGCACCGUUGCACCCAGACCAACAGCGACGGCGCCUGCCAGAAUAUGUGCCACGAGAAGUACACCAAGGUCUUCAACGACGUCAAGGAGAUGAUGAAGGCGGACAACAAGAGAGAGACGGAGCGAGUCGUCAGAGAAGCUCUGGAGAAGCUCCGGGCAGAAAUGGAGGAGGAGAAACGGCAGGCGGUGAGCAAGGCGGUGGCCGGAGUUCAGGCAGAGAUGGAGAGAAAGUGCAAACAGGUGAAGGAGAAGUGUAAAGAGGAGCUGGUGGAGGAGGUGAAGAAGCUGGUGGCCCAACACAAACAGCUCAUCUCCCAGACCAAGAAGAAGCAGUGGUGUUAUAACUGUGAAGAGGAGGCCAUGUACCACUGCUGCUGGAACACCUCCUACUGCUCCAUCAAGUGUCAGCAGGAGCACUGGCACGCAGACCACAAACGAACCUGCCGCAGGAAGAGAUGAACAAGCCCCGCCCCCUGCACCUCAUUGGCUGUCGGCCUCUCCUCCUGUCAGUCAGUCGGUCAGCAACACACACACAUUUCUCCCCGGUGUUUCUUUACUCGCCUUCCUGGGAAGUGUUUGGACCCGAUGUUCUGAUGCGUGGCGGGUGAUUUGCUCUUCUCUUGGUUCUGUUAUUUAAUGUAGCCAUCGUAUUCAUUUCAUUCAGUUUUCUCCAGAGUGUAGCUCGACUGCAGAACAAUAGUCGGAUUUGAUUAUUUUCUAUUUUUUCUUGAAUGAAAUGCUGACUGUGUGUCAGAGGACGUUAUUUAAGUCUGUAGGAACAAGUGAGCAUCAACAGAAAACAUUUUUUUAAAACAAUUUUUUUCGUACUGUAAAUGCAGGAAACAUACCUGGAAGAUUUAAAACAAGCCGCAUCUCCAACCAACUCUGCUUUCAUAGAGAAAACCACCUGUAGCAUACUGAACUGUUGAUGACGAGGCUCACAAACCUUAAAGUCAUUUUAGGUCAUUUUUCCUCUUUGUUUCUAUAAAUUCAUGCAGGUGGAUGCACUUUUUUAUCAUGUCUACCUAAAAUUUUAUUGUCCUCAGUCUCUCAUUGGGAACAGGGUCAAAAUGUCAACUUUAAAAUGAGUUGACAAGUAAAUCUUCCACUGAUUAUAAAUAUUAUUAUAUGAAUGUGCACCUGUUUGGGGUUCUGUUGACUAGACUGGUUUUAUGAGUCUGAAAUUUAAGGAAAGGUUUAUAAAUUGCUCUAAAUUUCGGUAAAAGUUUAAUUUUGUUGAGCUGAAUCUUAGAAAAGUUGAAUAAUUUAAAGGUUUUUCACAUUUUAUCUUCUAAUGAUUCAAAAGCUUGUAAAAUUGCCAAAUAUUCCCACCCUCCAGUUGUUGAACCUACCUGAGAAGAUCGGGCGCGUCGCCAGGACGAUCAAGCUGAUGUAUAUUUUUCAGAACGUCAUCGGUAUCAUUUUUCUCGUGAUGUACACUCAGAGUUCAUCUUUCCUUUUGUAAUCUGAAGUGACUAGUUAAAGAGACUUUUUCACCGCGUUCUGCUGUUGUUGGUGGUCAGUGCCUGUUUUCCUUUCUUCAUCCCCCAGUGAGGCAACAUGCAUGUUGAUAGCUUCACCGUUCAUCUGUUUUUCAUAUUAUGCUAAAAGAAGAAGAAGACAAGACGCUCUCUGGUGUCGAAUAAGGAGAGAUGGACCGUUCUGAAACUUUAUGCAAACAUUAUUGUCGGAAAACCUUGUUCCCCUGAGCUGGAUGUUGAGUGUUGGUGUUUUAAUUUGAAAAAGAGGCGAUAAAAUUGCCAGUUUAUGAUAAUUCUUUUUAUUAUUUUAACUGUUUCCUCAGUGAUGAUCAAAUGAAAGGAGAGAAACAAAUCACUACCUUUUUGUUUUUCAUGUUGCCUUUUCCUCAAAGCGUUUUUUAAUUUUGCAUCAAGAUUUUGGAAAAUAAAACCUUCAAUAUUUGCAUUGUGGACAGGAUUUUUAUUCAGCAGCAGUUUCAGUUUGUUUUUCUUGCUGUUACUGAAAAGUCUUUGAGAUUAAUGUACAAACUUCUCACCCACUGCUAAUUAAAUGUUUCUUUAUUAUUAAAUCCAGCUACAAAGGCCUCUGAUUGAAUGUUAAUAUUACGUCAGAAACUGUUAUCAGCACAAGGUUAUUAUUAAUGUAUUCAGCCCAUGAGAAAUAUGGGAUUCUUUCUCGACUUUGAGAAAGUGUUGAAAAUAUUCAGCCUUUUUCAAAUUCUUAUUAAAUUUAGGAUUUUAUCUUCUCAUAUUUGAUUUCGGUUCUCUGCAGGCUUUUAAAAAGUCCACCAAUCCUGUCGGCUCUUUUAUCAUUGCACUACAUGUAAAUACAGCCUUCUGUCAGUAUAUCCCACUUUACGUUAAAUGCACAUUUUAAAUGACUUCAUUUUGCUUCAGAGAUCUCGAUGACUGUUAGUUCUAGUUUUGUACAAUGUACAACAUUUGUCAUAUCAGCCGCGGUCGUGUUUGUUUUUCUUGAAGUUGGUUUUAUUUCGAACAUGUUGCACCUUCAUAGCGUCAGAAUAUUUCAGCAUUUUUUUUAGCUCAGCUUGAAGGAAUAAGAGGCCUGUCUUUCCAGACUCACACUGUUUGCUGAUGACAGUUUGUUACACGUGUAAACUCCGAACUUAUGUCCCUCAUUUUAUUGUUUUUAUAUUCCUCCAUGCAGCUGUAACGCUUUUUUUUUUAUUUUAUUUUUUUACUUCUUUUCAUACGUGUUUGUAACCUUUUUUAUGUCAUUUCAUUUAUUUUUUUUUUUGCAUGGAAACAAGUAUGUGGAUUUUCAGCUCCAAUCCUUGUUUUUGGUUUUCCUCCCCGUUGUAAUGAAAAAUCGAUGCUUUUGCACUCAUCUGAGAAAUGCAGUACGACAAUUUUUAUUCACCAGGAAGAUUUUGAGGCCGUUUUCACCUGGAAGAAGCGAGUCGUUUUAUCUGGACUUUACCUGUUCUUAUUCCAGGGUAUUUCUGUAUAUAUUACUGUGUGAUUACUACAUGAAUCCACCUUGUACUGAAAGUACAAACGCCAGGAAUAAAAUCAGUGUGACGUCUCCUUUGUUUUUGCUUCUUGUAGGUCAUGAUCUUCUGUUCUGUCCACAUGUAAACUUUUCAUUAACUAAGGCAACGUUUUUUAUGCUCCCAACUCUCUAGCUAGCAAUAUGUAUAUAAAUAUAUUCUAUGUGCUAACAUGGGGGAAAUAAAUGUAUCAACAAGUC